CCACAAGCCCCAGGAACGGUGUGAUUGGAAGGAAGAAGUCGGGGCGCGCGAGCCACCUGAAGAGCCUCGGGUGGCCUGGAGCCCCGGGAACUCAGGAAGACCUUCCAGCGGGGACCAGCGAGAAGGUAGCCUGCUUGGCCUGGACAUUUUCCAGAGGGGCCAGGGAAGGGGAAUACUAAGAGAGACAAAAGGUGGAUUUGGGGAAUACUAGUCGAGAGAAAAGUUGGAUUCUUCUUAUAAUUUAAUUGUUGUCACAAUGAAUAGGUUUAUUGUCAUUUUCAGAUUUCAAAAGUAAUGCCUGAUUAAGUAAAAAGUAGCAAAAUAGCAAGGGGUCAGUAUUUUAAAAGAAGCAAACUCAGCGUUUUCCUUCAUUACUCCACUGAUGCUCACAGCAACCCUAUGAGAGAAUGGAGGACGAAGAUUACAACUCCUCCGUCGCCUACGACGAAUACCCCGAUGAUUUUGGCCCCAUCCUGGUUUUGGAGGAGGUACCUUCGCAGGGAGCCAGGGGGAUCAGGAUCUUCCUGGUGGUGGUCUACAGCAUCGUCUGCUUCCUCGGGAUCCUGGGCAACGGCCUGGUCAUCGUCAUUGCCACCUGCAAGAUGAAGAAGACGGUGAACACUGUCUGGUUCCUCAACCUGGCCGUGGCGGAUUUUCUGUUCAAUGUCUUCCUCCCAAUCCACAUCACCUACAUCGCCAUGGACUACAACUGGGUUUUUGGAACAGCCAUGUGCAAGAUCAACUCCUUCCUGCUCACCCACAACAUGUACACCAGCGUCUUCCUGCUGACCAUCAUCAGCUUCGACCGCUGCGUCUCUGUGCUCCUCCCCGUCUGGUCCCAGAACCACCGCAGCGUCAGGCUGGCCUACGUGGCGUGCGUGACGAUCUGGGUUCUGGCUUUCUUCUUGAGUUCCCCAUCCCUUGUCUUCCGGGACACCACUGAUCGAGGUGGGAAAAUACACUGCUUUAACAACUUCAACCUGUCCGCUACCAGCUUCUCCCCACAGCCCACUCACCCCCAACUGGAGCCGGUGGCGUACACUCGGCAGUUGGUGGUGACCGUCACCCGCUUCCUCUGUGGCUUCUUGGUCCCAGUCCUCAUCAUCACAGCCUGCUACCUCACCAUCGUCUGCAAGCUGCAGCGCAACCGCCUGGCCAGGACCAAGAAGCCCUUCAAGAUCAUCGUGACCAUCAUCGUUACCUUCUUCCUCUGCUGGUGUCCCUACCACACGCUCUACCUCCUGGAGCUCCAUCACACCGCAGUACCCAGCUCUGUCUUCAAACUGGGCUUGCCCUUGGCCACCGCCAUCGCCAUCGCCAACAGCUGCAUGAACCCCAUUCUGUACGUCUUCAUGGGUCAGGACUUCAAGAAGUUCAAGGUGACCCUCUUCUCUCGCCUGGUCAACGCUCUGAGUGAGGAUACAGGCCACUCCUCCUUCACCAGUCACAGGAGCUUUACCAAGAUGUCCACAAUGAAUGAGAGGUCCUCGAUGAAUGAGAAGGAGACCAGCAUGCUUUGAGCUUCCUCUGAGAAACCCCCAGUGGACACUCCCAAUCCGGGAAGGACCAAAGAUAUGCCUUCUGAAGAUAAGGCAGGGACCGUGUCAGCACACACCAGUGUCCACUGCAAUUUGCAUGGUUUUGAACAGUGUUUUGAGCUGGGAACCCAGGGCUUAGGACCCCUUUUUCCUGGUGGAAUGAUCGACAGAGUAUAUCAUAUUGCUCACAGCCUUGGACCAGCAACCCAUAUUUCUUGGAAGACUAAGCCUUGACCAACUAAAGGGAAAAAAAGAAUUCUCAGAAGCACUGCCAUGAACUGGGAUUGGCAUAAGGCAUCAGGAUUAAGCUACUUACCGUGUUCUCCCAGCAAUGACACAAACACGUCACAUUCCUGAUGUGAGCAGAGGAGGUCAGAGAAAGUGUGAUGCAGCUCACCCCUCACCCCCAUAUACCUAUAGUAAUAGCUGGCCAGACAAUCCACCACUCAAGUCAUUCCUCUGGGUUAAGGCAUGGUCUUUAGAAGGCUCCUGUGGAAAUGCACAGGUUUCUGGGAGAGGAAGGUGACACAUUAGCCUGUGAACACCCAAGUCUGUGGAUUCAGCUUUCAGAUCAGCUGGGAAGACAGAGAACAGGUCCCAAAGGGGAUGGGGCCAUGUGGGUUCUUUGGGAGGGUAAGACAAGUUGGAGGCUACAAGGAGGAAGGGAUGGUGAAAGAAGAGAAGGGGCCCUUAAGAAGAGGAUGUGGGCAUAGAGUAGCCAACCCUAAAACUUUCCCAUGAGAUGGUGGUCCAGGCCAUGGCUAUUUUGGGUUUGGGGUGGCGCCAGCCCCUUGCCAGUCCCUCCUCUCACUUUACACUUGGUACCCAGGGGCUGGGCUGUGGCAGGCAGCUUCCCCAGCAGCCCCCGCCCUUCACAGAGAUUCCCGCCGUCCUGCCCUGAUCCACUAGGCUCUGGCUGGAGCCACUGAGGAUAAAAUAGUCAGGAUGAGUCUCCUCCUCCGCUUCCUCAAAGCCUUGCCAGAGACGGGUCCAAAAUGCAACUUCAGGAAGCAACCUCGGAGCAUCUUUCAGGAAAAAAAGUGCGUCCUAGGGCCUGGUCACUGAGCGUGGGGCAGGGUCUACAGCCUGGUUCCUUGACCUUGUUCCUGAGCUGCAGGCUGUGUGGGUGCUCCAGGCGCUGAGCACCUACUGUGCACAGCCACAUUUCAUGUCUUUUCUCAUCCAGCGUUGACGCCUGCCUCUGGUAGAGAGCAUCACCGUCCCAUUUACAAAUGACCACACUGAAGCUCAGAGGAGGAAAGCAACUUGCCCAAGAUCACACAGCGAGUCGGAGGCAGAGUUAAUACCUGAAUCCAGCCCUGUCUGACUCCAGAGACUCUGUUGUUUCCAUUUAUUGGGAACAUGCUAGACUCUAAUGAUAGCCUACAUUUUAUCUAGCACUUCUUACACUAAACAUGCUACAUGUGUUAUCUUGUAUGUGCCUUGCAGCAGCCCUGAACCAGGUACAAUCAUUAUUUCCCUUUUAUUUCUGAGGAAAAUGAGGCUCAGAGAGGUUAAGUUACUUGCCUGGGGUUACUCAGCUAGUCUCUGGCAGAGCCUGGAUUUGAACCCAGAUCUGCCUAGCACCAAAUGAGACUACCGAGUUUGGAAAGAGCUAGAGAUGCUUGGAGUUUUAACCGUAAAUAUUGAUUCCUCAACAGAUUAAUCUGAACAUCUUAAUGGCCUUUAAGCCAGCUUUGCCAACAGUUUCCAAAAAGAAAAGCUGGCCUCCAGCUCCCUCGAUGCCCAUCAGCACGCCUCCACCAUGCCCCUCCCACCCUCUGCACCCCCUGAGAUGUCCAGAGAAGUCGGUGGGGAGCCAGGCCUGGCAGGAGGCAGCCUCCGUGGGCCCAAGGACUUUUGGCCCCAGGGUGUCCAAGCCCCUCUGUUGUUAAGCCCAGUCUGACCAACAAGACACAAGGGACAGAUGUAAUGUCUACACAGCACUGGGCAAGGUCCCCAGGCCACAGGCUGUUUGGAAUUGCACUUCAUUAAGAGAUAAACUGUUCCUUUCCUUGUUGGGUCUUUAUGCUUGUGACAAGGCAGCACUGGGUUGACCCCAAGCUGGAGCCUCUGACUGCUUCAAGGAGUUGGAAUUCGGACAGUUUGAGAGCAAGAAGGAGUUUCAAACAUUGCCUAGUGCCCCUCCGUCAUCCCGCUCCCCAGGCUUACAGAAGGGAUGACUGAGGCACAGAUAGUGUGGGACUUGUUCCAGACACAGAGAGGAUCAAUCAUGAGUCACUUGGGGCUCCCGACUCCCAGAUCUGGGCUCUUUCCACAGGCUCACUUCCUCACUUCCUGGACCGCUUGCCGGCCAGCCUGGGCUGGGGAGCCAGGAAUUCAUUUUGCAAUUGGAAAAGCUGAUAAACAGGAGCAAAAUUCCAACCGACUGUUUUCCUUCUUGGGUCCAGGCCUCCCCCUGUCUGGCAGCCCCAACAGUCUUCCUGUUCUGACUGGGGCUUCCCUUCAAGAACUUAAAUGCUCCCAAUCUUGUCCUUACUCCUUCUUAAGAAAAUCUGCACAGGCCGUAGAUGGUGAGAAGGAAAACGGGAGGAGCUGGACCUGAUAAACCUUGUCCUGCUGAUGACUGAGCCUGGCAAGGACACAGAGGAGCGAGAGCAUGAAGGAUCUGAGGCCAUGGAGGCCUUUUCCUGCCUUGCCAAGCCCCCUUGGAGUCCACAGCUAGAUAAUUCCCAGGUUACUCGGGGCUGCUGUGAGCUCCAGACUCUCUGUCCAGAGAGGAGCUGCAGAGAAUGUGGCCCGACAGCUCAGAGGGGGAGAUAGACCAGGGACUAGCCAAGACAGUUUUGCUCAAACCUGACUCCAGAGUCAGCAACGAUGGGAUCUGGAACCAGGAUGUGAGAAAAGAUAGAAUCCAAUAGCAAGAGCCAUGGGAGUCCUUCAAAUCCGUCUCGCCCAGCUCUUUCCCAUUUUACAGAUGAGGGAACUGAGAUUGCAAGAACUUCCCCUUGAGGAAACUGCAAAAGGAGCUGGUGUUAGCUUGGAUGGAAGUGGUCGGUGAUUCUUCAACUCCUGCACCUGCCCUUCCUCUCCUACUUCCUCCCUAACAUGUUGCACUGUUUCUGGAAUUGGGGUGCUCUGGAGCUGUGGUUGCAGAACGCUGGAUUUGGGAAGCUGCUGAAGGGAGGGCGGGAGGAACGAGGAAGCCACUUCUGAGACAAUUCAGUAGCAACCUGGUUUGCUUCCUCCCCUUGAGGACAGUUUCUCUUGAAUAACGAGGCUGAAGCAGUAGUGUGUGGCUUGGUUCUGGAGGUUCCUGCCCCACCCUUCACCUUGCCUUUUGCAUCCACCUAGUAGAACAGCAGCGGAGGCUCAGAGAGGUGAAGGGACCUGUGCCAGUUUGGAUGUAUUAUGUCCCCUAAAACACCAUUAUCUUUGACGCAGUUUUGUGGGGGCAGUUGUAUUAGUGUUUAGAUUGGAAUUCUUUGAUUG